UCAUAUCACGGAAAGCAAAUACAAGAGGCGCAGGUUGCAAUACCUUGUCAUUCCUUUAGACGUGCAGUGGUUGACAAAUUUGACUGGUUUGAUUAAGUGAAAUCUCCCCGAUUUUUACGGCGAUUGAGAAUUCCGAUUGCGCUAGAUUACGUACAUAUCUGACGAUCUAAAGCAUUUCUUCUAAACGAUAAAAAGGAAACUUUGAGUCUCGUGCCAAAAAAACAAUGGACGUGGAAGCAUUGCGUCAAAAGCUGUCCGAGCACGGCCAGCAGCAUCUCCUGGAGUUCUGGCACGAGCUGGACCACGACCAGAAGGGCUUCCUGUACAGGGACAUCGAGAGCACGGACAUCGGGGAGCUCGUGGCCUCCUUCACCACGGCCAUGGAGGCAGCCGGCGACACGGAGAAGGUGGACAGCCAGAUGGAGCAGACACCCUCGGAGUUCUCUGGGUCGAUGACGCGGUCGGGGAAGGAGAAGGAGAAGUGGUACCGAGAAGGCUUGAGGCAGAUCGCCAAAGGGCAGUGCUGCGUCUUGCUGCUGGCCGGGGGUCAGGGCACCAGACUCGGCGUCAAGUACCCCAAGGGGAUGUUCAACGUGGGCCUCCCGUCGGGGAAGACCCUGUACCAGAUCCAGGCCGAGAGGAUACUACGCGUCCAGCAGCUGGCCUACGAUAUGUACCAAGAGAGGGGGGUCGUCCCAUGGUACAUCAUGACCAGCGAGCACACCAAGGAACCCACGGAGGAGUUCUUCCUCCAGCACAACUACUUCGGUCUGCAGAAGGAGAACGUCAUCAUGUUUGAGCAGAACAUGCUGCCGUGCCUGUCCUUCGACGGCAAGAUCCUCCUGGACCAAAAAUGGAAGAUCUCUCGCGCCCCAGAUGGGAACGGAGGCUUGUACCGAGCCCUGGGCAAAGACAACAUCCUCGUGGAUAUGGAGCGACGAAAGCUUCAGUAUGUCCACGUCUACGGGGUGGACAACAUCCUGGUCAAGAUGGCCGACCCGUGGUUCAUCGGAUUCUGCAAGUCCAAGGGAGCAAACUGCGGAGCUAAGGUGGUUGCCAAGGCUUUUCCAACUGAGCCGGUCGGUGUCGUCUGUCGUGUCAACGGCAAGAACCAAGUCGUGGAGUACAGCGAGAUCACGUUGAAGACGGCGGAGAAGAGGGACGAGGAGGGACGACUGAUCUUCAGCGCCGGCAACAUCUGCAAUCACUUGUUCACCACGGACUUCUUGAAGGACCUCAUCAGAAGUCAUGAGCAGCAGCUCAAGCACCACGUAGCCAAGAAGAAGAUCCCUUACAUCGACAACAGCGGCAAUCGGAUCGUCCCGGAGAAACCCAACGGCAUCAAGAUGGAGAAAUUUGUCUUUGACGUCUUUGAGUUCUCAAACAAUUUUGCGGUCUUUGAGGUCCUACGUGAGGACGAAUUCUCGCCCCUCAAGAACAGCAACACGGCAGAGAAGGACAACCCAACGACGUCGCGCCACGCGCUCCUGUCCCUCCAUCACCGGUGGGUCCUGAACGCCGGCGGCAAAUUUGUGGAGCAGGACGGAACGCCGAUCCCCGCCAUCCCAAGCCGGAGAGCCAAUGAUGUGGAUGACUACCCUGUUGUGUGUGAGGUCUCGCCGCUUAUAUCAUAUGCAGGAGAGGGCCUUGAGGAACUCUGCGACAAAAAGCAGUUCUGUUCACCGGUACUCCUCUCAGAGACGGACCACGUGGAAUCCAAGGAAUCAGUUAUAGGGACCAACUAAAAAAAAAGGCCUCCUAUGCAGGUUGAAAUAUAUGCCUGGCAACCAGGCUGUGGCUUUAUCCAUGUGGAGUAUUCCUACGGCUACGGAUUCUCACAUGCUGUCUCAAUAGCAUGAAAGUGAAGCCGUAGCCCCAAAAAUGCUUUGUUGUGGACAUGGCUUAUUGUAUUGUGCAUGAGAAAAAAACUAUAACCAAACAGGGACUGUGCUGGUGGAUCAAGUAAUGGACAAUUUUUUUAAUCCAGUGAAAAUUUGAAAAUGCCAAACAUAAACAUUCCUGUGUCAGCUCAAGAAACAUCAGGAUUUGUUUUUUUAAAGACCCUUUCGAAAUGGUUUGAAAUAUUUUUUCAAACCAGGUUUGAAAUGAUUUUUUAAACCUGGUUUAAAAUGAUUUUUUAAACAUGGUUUAAACAGGUUUUUUUUUUUUAAACCUGAUUAACAUGUGAUAAACUGUUAAUUGAGUUCUCAGCGGGUUUAAAUGUCACUCUUACUGUGUGACAUCAGAGUUUCCAAGACUGCUAUUGUGACAAUUCAGAGCAAACCAAGUUUAAAACGAGUUUUAAACCUGGUUAAUAUUUGAUAAACUGUUUGAGUUCUAAGCAAGUUUAGAUGUCACUCUUUCCAAGGCUGCUUUUGUGACAACGCAGAGCAAACCAGGUUUAAAACGAUGUUUAAACCCGGUCAAUAUUUGAUAAACUGUUUGAAUUCUAAGCAAGUUUAGAUGUCACUCUUUCCAAGGCCGCUUUUGUGACAACUCGGAGCAAACCAGGUUUGAAAUGAUUUUUAAACCCGGUUUAUAUUUGAUAAACUGUUUGAAUUCUAAGCAAGUUUAGAUGUCACUCUUUCCAGGGCCGCUUUUGUGACAACUCGGAGCAAACCAGGUUUGAAAUGAUUUUUAAACCUGCUUAUAUCUGAUAAACUGUUUAUUGACUUCUUGUUUAGUUGAGCGAAUUUAGAGGUCACAUUUACCGUGUAUUUCAAGUCCGCAAGUUUUUAAGAAAUAUUGUUGGCGUUUAAUCCAACACGCCGGCGAUGGAAAAUAGCUGAAUUCUUAAAUUUUAACAAAAGAGUAUCUUCAAUGUACAAAAUAACAAAUUAGUAAAUUUAUUUUAAUUAAAUAAUUAAUUAAAUGAUAAAAUAGGUUUUAACUAGGUUCUUCCAUUAAAAAGGUCGCAAAUACAAUUUUUUUUCUUUUAUUAAAACAGUUUUUCAUAUUACAUUUCUAAAAUUAUCGUCACAUGUAUUUGAUUAUUAUAAUUUUUUUUCAAUCUGAGAAAUGGAUAUGGUCCGUUUGAAUGUGCACUCGGAUCUCAAACAUUAAACAAUGCAUUCCACGAAGGAGGACCAAGUUUGUGGCACUGAAGUGCCAAUUUGGAAACUUGGAAAAUUCUCAGGUUUUGUAUAGACCCUUUACACGUAGCAGCCGCUUUUUUUAGGCCUUUGUUUUGCAGUGUACGUGUUCUACAUAACCCCCGAGAACCGACACACAAAGGGACAACAAAAGAUCCUUUCAGUCCUUGGGAGUUGGGUCUUUUGUUCAAAACGGUCCUCUGUAGUAGGUUUGUGUGCUUAGUCUAUGGGAGAGUGUUAUAUUACAGGGACAAAGGAAAACACAAAGCAUUGUCCUCGGGAGUAUAGUAAAACAGGAGAGGGUGAGCUCUUUGUGCAUUCGUUUUGCCCUCUAAGAGAACAACAGAUCCUUUCAGUCCUCAGGAGUUGGGUCUUUUGUUCGAAACGGUCCUCUGUAGUAAGUUUGUGUGCUUAGUCUAUGGGAGAGUGUUAUAUUACAAGGACAAAGGAAAAAAACAAAGCAUUGUCCUCGAGAGUAAAGUAAAACAGGAGUGGGUGAGCUUUUUGUGCAUUCGUUAUGCCCUCUAAGAUGGCCACUUUUGCAUAAUGUCUAUUGGAAGUUGGCAAUAGGUUUGAAUGGCGCCCCCCAGUGUCCCUCCCGACUAUCUCUGUGUAACCUCUUGAGGGGGUACUUGCGCACGAAGUCUAUAUAAAGGUGCUGCAAGUGUGGUGUAAUAAGUGCCUUUGUUUCCUUACGUUUUAUUGUAUCUCAGUCUCAUCGUAUUAUAAUUUUUUUUUCAAUUAUUUUGUGAUGGUGGAAACGUGUAUUCCCAAUGCUGCUGAGGCCACUGAGGUACAUUCACAUGCACAUGUACAUGCAUUGUUUUCUGAAAGACGAUUCAAAUGAAUUUAAUUAUGUUAUAUUUAAAUUCUGAAAAAAAUGCUGCAUAUAUUAAGGGCAUUUUUACUUACAUGAUAGCCUUAUUUGGAUUUCGUUUGAGUUUGAUUGAAAUAUUUUAUGUUGAUUUUGAUUUUGAUUUUGAUUUCUGUUGAUUGAUUGUGUUUAGUUUUAAGAAUCUACUUUCGAAAUGCAAAUUUGAUCAGCGAGUCUGUUGAAAUGUGUCCUUUUCAGGAAGCCAGUGUAUAGACAUGAUGCGCACACGAAGUUAGCCGUGUCUGAUUUACUUCGCUGCGGCUUGAAACGACACACGACUAUAUGAGAAGUGGCUGCAGCGGCUACCAUAGACACGUGUGUAAUUUUAAGCCAUAGCCAAGCAAAUUCGGACAUGGUCUUAGCCGCAAGUAACAUGUCAAGUAAGGUAUAGCGAAAAUCAGGCUACCGGUUAAAAACUAUGGGAUUACAGUGUAUUGCUUGGGACUGGUACUCUGCAUUAUGCUAAGCCAGUAUCACCUGGAGGGGAGGAGCCUAGUAGAUGUCGGGGAGGGGGAUUCCCCCUUUUUCAUGGGAAAGUAUUCAGACAAUUCUCAUUUUAUUGCACACAUGCUUUUUCUCUACAAUGCAUUAUAAUCUUGCACACAAUACAGUUAAGUACAUAUAUAUCUUCUUUGUAAUGUUUGUUAUCAGAUGCAUAUUUUAAUAUAUUUGCAUAAUUCAUUUCUUUCAGUUUAUGAACCUUACUUUGUGUAUGUAGUGUAGAAAUAAACAUUUUAAUAAAUUAAAGGGUAUCGUA